GCGUGCUGCCGGAACGUGGUGACGCGGUCAUCUUCCCCCCCCCCCCCUCCCAAAAAAAAAAUGCCCCCCCCAGGAGGGGGGGGGGGGGCUGAUCAUCGAGCCCGGGGGGGGGGGGGAAGAGCGCCGAGUAAAGGGAGACAUAGAGAUAGGAGAGUGGAGUGGUCUUGUCUUGUCCGGCUCAACGUUAGCACGCGAGCCGAUCCCGGGAAGACGAAGCGCUGGGGGAGGAGAGUAGCGGCGGCGACGGUGACGGGUGUGUGUUGAGAGCGGGAGUGAGUUUAAAACCUCUCUCUCUCUCUCACACACACCCUGCGGCGAGUGUGCGCUGGUGGCAGUCGGAUGUUCGCUGGAAGGGGGUGGGGGAGAGCGAGGUUUACUGAGAGUAAAUCAAGAUGAAUCCACAGCAGCGGAUGGCCGCUAUAGGAACGGACAAGGAAUUGAGCGAUCUGCUGGAUUUUAGUGCGAUGUUCUCUCCUCCCGUUAAUAGUGGAAAAAAUGGACCAACUACACUGGCAAGCAGUCAAUUUGGUGGUUCAGUCGUGGAAGAACGGGCAGGUACAACUUGGGGAUCAGCUGAUCAAGCAAGUCCAUCAUAUGAAUCAUCAAGGGACGACCAGAACUGGACACAGUACUCCAGAAGAGGCCUCACCAGCAUCUUGUACAACCUCAACAUAACAUCCCAACUCCUAUACUCCAACGUCUGAGCAAUAAAGAAUCCUUGUUGGUCUUUUUAGAUCAUGGAAGAUCUGAAGAACGAAUAUAUCAACAAUAAAUUGGUGGAAACAAAACCCAAAUACUGCAGAUGUUUGAAGCCUGAAAUAAAAGCUGAAAAUGCUGCAAAGACUUCAGGUGAGGCAACAUCUAUGGAGACAUAAACAGAGUUAAUAUUUCAGAUCGAUUACCUUCUGGCAGAACUCCACCUUUCAUCUGACAAAAGGGCACCGACCUGAAACACUUCUGUUUCUCUCUGUCUCCCUCUCUCUUUCUCUCUCCAUGGAUGUUACCUGAUCGGAAUAUUUUGUGCAUUCUCUGUUUUUAUUUCAUAAGUUAGUGCAGUCUUCUAACCCCAACCUGAAAGGCAUGUAUGGGACCUUGGUUUAAUCUUUCAUCUGGAAGACAACACUUUUGAAUUCAGUAUUCAUUUUAAGUACUAGUCUAAAUUAUGUGCUCAAGUCCCUUGGGUGAAGAUUAAAUCUACAACCUUCUGACUCGAAUAAUAGAAUGCUACCGCUGAACCAAGGGUGACACCUGUAUGACAAGAAUGAAGACUUGAAAUUUCUAAAGUCCUAUGAAGAGAUAAAAAGACAGAACAAUUCACAAAAGUAAUUUUUAUGCUUCGAAUAAAUAUACUGAUGAGCUGUAACAGUUUCCUUAAAUCUAAAUGUGGGGGAUGUGCUUAAUUUAUUGCCCUCACUGCUUGGGCUUAAUUCUUCAGUGUACAGUUUUACAUUUAAAUCUUCAAGAUUUUACUGUGUCUGAAAAGGGAUGAAAUAAAAUUCCAGAUUUGUUACAUGGCCAA